AACCCGCGAUGACCUUGGUGAUUGCUCCGCGAUGACAGGUCGCCGUAGAGAUAGAUUGGCUUCCACGACGGAGCACUAGCGAGACGCUCUGUGGCUCGUGCGCAGUCGACUGGCAUCAUGUCACUCGACUCCGAGGCCCUUGAUGGAACGGUCGACGCGGCGGGCAGCGAGGGUGACACAUCUCAAUCCUCGGAUGCCAUUGUAGCCGCGCAGCUCAUCCCUCGGCGUACUUCAACACUUGAUGGCUUCAACAGUCCUACAAGUGCCAACACGCGCGAGCCAGAAGCAGCACAAUCUCCACCGAGCGAUGACCAUGCUGAAGAGGAACCUCCCAAGCCGCUCACGAUUAGCGAGAAGCUGUGGCUCCAAGCAAGACAGCGUAAAGCUGCACUGGCAGGCGAAGCAGGCGCGAGUACACCCGAGAUCCGAACGAGAGCUGAUACCGACUCGGAUGAAGAGGAUUUGAUCGACCCAGACACAGCUAUGGCUGCUGCCCUUGCAAAAGUGCGCAACGCACGAGAGCGAGCGUUACGAGAUGCUAGUCUUCGCGCGUCAAAGGAGCUUUCGACAGAUAGCGCCUCUUUGCGGCGGUCUACACGAGAAUCUAAGCCCGUACAAUCCGUCAAACCCCUGACGGCGAGAAGCGCGAACGCUAAACGGGCGAGAGCGGACGAUAAAGAUCCGCUCAGCUUGGCGUCACUUGCAAAAGAAGCCAGACGGAAUCGCUCACGUUAUGACCUCGAAGAGUCUCUUGCACUCAUGCGUCAAGAGCUGCCUGAGUUGCCACAGAGCUCGCCUGAAAAGCCACCGGAAACGCGACUUUCGAGAGAAGCAGAAGGCGCAACGACUGCAGUGACAGAAACGGGUCGCAAGCUCCUCGAGGCCAUCCAUCGAGAUGCUGCGGAGAUCGACGAGGACAACGACGAGGAAGAGCGUCAGGGCGCUGUCGAUAUUGCCGGCAUUGUCUCGUCACGUACUGGCUUCGAAACCGAACGAGAUCUCGUUCCACCGCCGGAACAGAGGCGAUUCUGGAUACGCCCGCCAGAGAUCGGCGAGCGUAUAAUGAUGCAGCCCUAUGCGGGCAAAGAGAGGCAAUUGGAAGUCCUAGACAAGCUCUUCACAGAUCGACUGGAGAUCAGCGAGCUGGCAGUAUCGACGACAUUGUGGUCGCUCUCCCUGCUUGGCUCAAGGCGGGACAACAUGCUAGCCGAGAAGUGGCUCUGGCGUGUCGCUUUGGAUCCUUACGUAGCGGCAGAGACGCCCAACAAAUCUAGAAUAGCAGCAAAUGCGCUGUGUGCCAUGCUCCGCAGUACGCGCUAUGAAGAGCCAAAGGACAUCGAAAGAUGGCACAUCCGGUUUCUAGCAGCUUUCGAUCGACUUGGCGGAUACAUUGAGCUGCCCGAAUCGCCCCGAACGUCUUCGAAGCUGCCCUGCAAAAGUAUAUCAGUAGAGCAAGCAGUCAGUCGUUGUGACUCGCUGGCUACUGUGCUCGAUAUCAUGCUAGCCUUCCUCGCCGAUCCAAAGCAACGCUUGACGGUCAAGCUGUUUGUCGUACUCGUGCGCGUCAUGCUCGAUCCAACCAGUCUGUCGCUCACUUUCCAGCUCAAAGAAUGCUUGGCGGCAUGCGCAUUGGACGCCGGGUCCUCCGAGAUCUGGAUUCUAUACGAUGCGCUCAAGAACGAGUGUUCGGCACGGCCGAGAUCGCAUUGGCUUGCCAUGCUCAAAGUCUUGCCGCAUCGAACGACUGCACAGAGGCACCUUCGGCGUCGACUUGCUCAUGAUCUGCUUCUGUCAUCACCCGCCGAUGCGCCUCGUGCAGACCUGCUUGGACUGCAAGUCGUCGAUCUCGAGCAAUUGUCAGGCCUGAUGACAGGCGAGAGCGCAAAGGCGUUGAGGGAGAUGAACGAUGUCGACUUGCGGGCUACGAUCGACAUUCUCUUUACUGCCACAAGUGGCCUCGACGAAUUGAUGCGUACGAAGACGACAAAUUCAGCUCAGCUGAAGCGCGCACUCGCGCGAUGCAUCAAUAGCCUGAGAUCGUUUGACACCUCUUUGCGAUCGGAUGUCAGACAGACGAGUCCUUUGCGGGCUUCCGCGAAGAAUACAGUUGACCGAUUGGCAAUGCUCUUCAAGUACCACGAAAAGACUUUCUGGGGUACUUCUCAAACGCUCCUCACGUUCAGCAAUCAGUGACAAUGAGAAUCGAGUAGAUUCCGUAUGCAGUGUUGUCGUACAAUCAACAUAAUGUCAUGUAGCUUGCGCCUGCGCAGCCUGCUUUGCGUGGUUGAGAAAAGAUACACUGAUCAGAUUCCUGAAUCGCUGGACUUUGCGAUCAUGU